CACACACGCACACACACACACACACACCAUGUGAGAGCGCGUCUUGCUGCCGAUACACUCCGCUGCUACUGGAUCCCUUCACAGCAGCGACUCCGGAUUCUUCUCCAGACGGCUGUAGAGAGCGGGACUGCUUCCUGCUUGCCUGGGAAACUUUGCGUACCUCUCCCAGAAUUCCCCAGGCCUCCCCCCCUCCCGCCCUCGCCCUCCCUCGCACCGGGGGCCCGCUUCCUCCGGACCGGACGCAGACGGGGCGAUGGACCUGUCCCUGUGGCAGUACCAGUUCCGGGUCAUCAUGCUGGGCGACUCCACGGUGGGGAAGUCUUCCCUGCUGAAGCGCUACACCGAGGGCCUCUUCCUGGACUGCAUCAACGAGACGGUGGGGGUGGACUUCUACGUCCACUUCCUGGAAGUGGAGCCCGGCGUCCGGAUCAAGCUGCAGUUCUGGGACACGGCCGGCCAGGAGCGGUUCAGGUCCGUCACGCGAUCCUACUACCGCAACUCGGUGGGCGGCCUCCUGGUGUUCGACCUGAGCAACCGGGCGUCGUUUGAGCACGUGCGGGAGUGGCACGACGAGGUGCAGGACCGCGUGCGGCCACACGGUGUGCUGUUCGUGCUGGUGGGGCACAAGAGCGACCUGGCGGGCGAGCGGGCGGUGUCGCGCGAGGAGGCGGAGCGGCUGGCGGGCCAGCUGGGGGCGCCCUACGUGGAGGCUUCGUCGUGCACGGGGCAGAACGUGGCGGAGGCCGUGGAGCUGCUGGCGCGCAGGGUGUACCAGGGCCUGCGCAGCGGCGAGGUGCAGCUGCGCGAGGGCUGGGACGGCGUCAAGUGCUCCGCCCCCCGCUCCGCCCUGGAGCUCCGCCCACCACCCCCGGGGGGCGCGGCCCAGGCCGCCGGCGGCAAGAACUGCGCCUGCUAGCUCCCCCAGGCGAACACGGCCGCGCCCUCACCUGGCCGCCACAAGAACUGCGCCCAUUAGCACCAAAGCUGUUGACUGUGUGCUGGCAGCCAGUGAAGAACAGGGCACACACACCAGCUACACUGCCACCUGCAGCCCAAGUGAGGAACUGCAUGUUAGCGUACCCUGGAGAGGUCCACCUGAAACGGUACGCUGUGCACCAGUGAUCAGAUGUUCAGCUGAGCGGGACCUUAUCGCCUUUUCAGGAAUUUGUUUUGUAAUUCAGUGGUCCAUGUUUGCAUAAAAAGACACACACAUACCUUCAAGACAUUGCACUUAAUAUUAAUAGGCUAUAGCUAUAAGUCUUCAUACAGCAAACCAAUUUCUCCUUCACGGGCCACUAAAAUAAGAAAUCCAUGCAAAAUUUCAUUUUAAAUUGUGGAUCUCGAGCAAACACAGAGAGUGUGGUCAGGGAACUGUAGGCUUGUCUCAUGUUCUCUAAAUCCUACCCAUAAUUCAGACAGAAGCCCUGCCCACCUUUCAAAAAUCAAGUGCCACACAACGCUAACGACCGUAUCUGCAACAGCCUCCAGCUACUGUGCCCUCAAAACAUGCAGUCUGCUAAACAUACUGCCUACUGUUUAGUGCAUAUCUUUUAGUACGCGAUGGGCAGUGUGUGUAAAAUACCCUCCAUACUAUUUUCCAGCAGUAAAGCAUGAUUUGCACAUUUUGUACGAUGCUUUGCAUAAAAGCGUCUGCUAAAUAAAUGUAAUGUUAAAAACAUCGCUGGGUUACUUGCUUCAUCUCAGCAACACACUGUAGGGACUUAAAACUUAAUCAUGAACUGUUCCAAUAAAUUGCUAUUUUUUUCUGUGCUUAACUACUGCUUCACUAUAUGCGAUACACUGAACGUUUCUUGGGUUUUACCAUUGUUCUGACCUGGGAUUACUGACAGAAACAAGCAUGUGGGCCACAUUUGGUUCAGCCCACAGUACAGAACAUAUCCGUCAUCUCCCUUUUUAAACUGUCCCUGUGCAAUAAAAUAAUGGAAGUUGUGCAAUCAGA